AUGGAGUUCAUUAAUUGGAUUCGUGGUGCUUUGACCUCGCUUGGUUUUCUCGACAAGCAAGCAAAGCUGCUGCUUCUCGGACUCGACAACUCCGGUAAGUCAACACUACUGUACAGACUUAUAACCGAUCGCCUUGGCGCCCUAGAGCCUACUCGGCAUCCAAAUUCAGAGCAGUUCAGAAUCGACAAUGCUGUGUGUACCGCGUUCGACCUUGGGGGUCACCAGCAAGCCAGGCGCCUUUGGAGGGAUUACCUUCCGGAGGUUGCCGGGAUUAUAUUUGUCGUCGACGCCGCGGAUCCCGAGCGCUUCGCGGAGGCUAAGGCCGAGCUGUGGGCUCUUCUUACCGUGGAGGAGUUAACCAACGUUAUUUUUCUCGUGCUAGGAAAUAAGACUGACCAUCCCAACGCUGUAUCAGAUGUCGAACUUCGUUCCCAGCUGGGUCUUGACAAUCUCCUACAUGGCAAUGUCGGAUUUUUCAUGUGUUCCAUAGCCGAGAAACAGGGAUAUGGAGAAGGUCUGCGCUGGCUCGCCCAAUGCAUCUAAAAGCAUAGCGUUAUCUUACUGUAGUUAAGUGACCUCAAACUAAAGAUUCGAUUCGAUCUACCUUUUUAGCUAUAAAUUCUUUUUAAUUAAUAAUAAAAUAUUUUUUUAAUUUACAC